AUGAGCGAGUCUCAAAACCAAGGAGAGCUCUAUACACUCAAAUACUUCACGACCUCAAAACAUGCUAAAGAAACAACAACCAUAAAGAUCAGCCCGAAUGGAAUAUAUUUCGCGACAGCUUCAUCAGAUGCCAAUAUUCAUAUAUUUGAUUUUAAAACUGGUUCAUUCAUACGAUACUUAGGUGGACAUUCAAGAGGGAUUUCAGAUAUAGCAUGGUCAAGAGACUCAAAACAUAUAGCGUCUGUUUCGGAUGAUAUGAGCGCAAGAAUAUGGGACAUAGAAUAUGGUGAAUGUAUUAAUGUUAUGGAAGGUCAUACGUUCCAUGUUACUUGUGUUGAGUUCAAUUAUAAAGGCAAUUUAUUGGUUACAGGGAGUGCAGAUGAAGCAAUAAGAGUAUGGGACGCACAAAGUGGGAAAUGCCUGAAAACAUUGAGUGCACAUUCAGAUCCUAUCGCAUCUGUUGAUUUAAGUUGGGAUGGUACUAUUAUCGCAAGUGCAAGUUAUGAUGGUUUAAUUAGAUUAUUUGAUACUGAAUCUGGUCAAUGUUUGAAAACCCUGAUUUAUGAUAAAGGUGGCUCAUCAUUUCCAGUGUCAUAUGUUAGAUUCUCACCAAAUGGAAAUUAUUUAUUGGCUACAAGCUUAGAUAAUACAGUCAGAUUAUGGGAUUACAUGAAUAAUAGAGUGGUGAAGACUUACCAAGGGGGAUCAGGAAUCUCAGAAAAAUUUACAUGUGGUUCAGAAAGUGGUGAUGUCAACGUUUGGGACCUGCAAUCAAAGAAUGUACUGAGUACUAUCAACGUCUCUUCAUCACCUGCUCUACAAAUAGAUGUCUUAGGCACAAUUCUUAUCGCUGUGUCAUUAGAUGGGACUAUCAAAGUUUUUGAACUAAGUGAUGAUUUCAAAGGGAAUGAUAGCGAUAGAGUAGAGGCAGAUUAA